UGUUUUUUCUUCUGUAUAUAAACCCCAUCUCUCAUCCGUUCCACACACAGCGGGCACUGGAAACAAACAGCAGAUUCGAGCAAGAGAGACGACUAUAGAUCUACAUCUACUGAAAGAGAUGGAGAAAAUUCUCCCACUGAAGAUAUUGGCAGCUUUGUCUCUUGUUCUGCUGGGGUCCAGUGUGAAUGAAGGACGGAUUGUGACUAAAUGUGAGCUGAAAGCUGAGCUGGACUUAGCUUUCGGAGUAAAUAUGACCGCAAACAUGACCAACAAUAUAACUCAAUGCAAUAUGACUACGGACCUCAUCACCAAACUUGUCUGUUCUGUGAAUCGGACUUCAAGGUUCAACACCAGUGUUAUCACCACCAUCCAGAUAUCAAAUUCAAAGCAGCCACAACAAAAACCAACUGAAUCAAAUGAGGAUGGUUCAGAUGAAAGACCUGAUGAAUCAAAUGAGGACCAUUCAGGUGAAAAACAUGGUGAAUCAAAUGAGGGACAUCAAGGUGAAAGACGUGGUAAAUCCAAUGUGGGCCGUCUAGUUGGAAAACCAAGGGGAAGAAGAUCUCUACGGAAACCAAAAGGAAAAAAAGAUGAGGUCCCACCCACUAGCUCAGAUGUCGUGCACCUGUUAGGAAUCUUCCAGCUGAGUGAUCGUGUCGCCUGCAAUUCUGGAUCGAACCAAAGUCUGAAUGUCUGCCAAAUAAGUUGCAGUGCUCUGACCGAUGAUGACAUCAUGGAUGAUGCUAAAUGUCUGGAGACCCUGAUCAAAAAAAUAAGCAAUACCACACCUGCUGCUCCGGGCUCCCAUCUUUUUCCCGGAAAUAUGGACUUCUUAUUCGCGAAGGAGUGUCACUCCGUGGAUUCCUCAAGUUACUUUGCUGACUGCGCCUAA